CCUCGAUGUAAAUGCUUAUAUUGGAAAUAUUGUAUAUAACAAUCUUGUCAAUCAGACUCAAUAUCCGGGGUCUUGGAUGAUAACAUUGAGUGAUUUUCAUGUUAACGGUGUUUCAAUUGGAGGAAUUAAUUCUCUUGCUUUGAUUGAUACUGGUACUCCAAGUAUCAUUGGUGACAUUAAUCAAGUCUCAAAGAUCUAUUCAAUGAUUCCUGGUAGUUCUUCUAAUAAUG